ACAUUGUACUUUCAGACUGACAUAUAUCAUUGCCAGAAAGCUUAGUGCAGGAACAAUUUAAUUUACAUGUACAUAAUCAGCAAACUAUUGCCUACAUUUUUUAAACUGCGGGAUACUGUCAUUUUAAAUUUAACAAACUAAGUUUCAUGCUCUACCUAUGCUAAAAUUGUUUAUUCUCAUUUCCUAUAAUCCUAUUCUCAUUUCCUGCUAGAUAUAUUUUCAUUCCAAAAUUGAAUUGUACCUAUAUAAUUUCCAUAAUGUGCAUAAUUGUAUUUUAAAUAUAAAAUUAAUCAUACAUUUAUAUUGAUCCAAAACCGAUUAUUCACAUACUAUUCAGUGAGUGCUCACGAUCACGCGUGUUUUCGUAAUAUGAUACUAUGGCUAAUGUAUUUUAGAUACAUAUUCUUUUCUGAAAAUGGAGUGAGCCGUGUGAACAUGGAUGGUUCAAAUCUAAUCAGUUAUAAAUAUACGGGUUUGUAUUGGAGUAUAGAAUUAGCUGUAGAUUUCGCUGCGAACCGGCUGUACUGGUGCGAACCACAUCAAAACUUAAUUUAUCACUCAAAUUUGGACUUGACGGAUGUGAUAUCUAUCGAAUCGAGGUGGAUAAAUUCGCCACGGUUAAUAGCCACACAUAGAGAUUGGAUGUACAUCAUCAAUAAUUCUGGGAGUAACUCUAUAAUUAAAUUACACAAGCUGACCGGUGUUAUAACCAACUUCAAGGUCCAAGACGAUAACUUAUCUAAGCUGUACAAUCAUGUCAAUCACUGGGACAAUAACGAUUCUAAGGUGUACAACCUGAAGACUUACAGCGAAUACAAACGGCGUAUCUACAACAUGCAUCCGUGCUCGAUGGCGGCUAACUACGGUGGUUGUCAGAAGUUGUGCUUCGCGGUGCCCUCCAACAAGUCAAUCACUUCGUCGCUCCAGGCUCUGUGCAGCUGUCUGGUCGGCGAGAAGGUUGAUUCGGACGGUAAGACGUGCGUGAUCGAAUCGAAAGCCGCGAUCGAUUCGAACGCCGUAAUCGAUUCGAAUGUCGUGGUCGAUUCGAAAGCCGUGGUCGAUUCUAACGCCGUGAUCGAGUCUGUAUCGGGAGGCCCCUCAAGUAACAUACCACAUCGUCAUGUAACUGCUGUGUGUUAUGUGCUAGUAUUCCUAUCCCUAUGUACUAUUUAAUCAUAGAUUAACUAUAACAAUUCUAUCGUCUACUUAUGACUUUUGCAAACUGUAGUAAAAUAAUUAAAUUCAAUAUUGCAUCUAUUCUAUUUAUUAUUAAUGUGAGAGGAAAAUGUAUUAAUUAUGAUAACUUAAAUGUUUAUCUAUAUAAAUUAUAUGUAUGUGAACUAUGUUUAUUUUAAAAUGUAAGUGUUCCUUAUUAGUUGGUAUUAUCAUGUACGUAAUGUGUCAUCAACAUAAUACAUUACAUAAUAAAAUACUGUAUACAAUUUUUAUUUGAAAAAUUUGACAUCCAGUCGAAAGUUGGUAAAAAAUUAGAAUACACUAUAUUAGUGUAACCGCUCUGACUUAUUGUAGGUGCCGAUAUAGUGCACCUCAUAAUUGAGUAAGUCACUAUAAUGUAUGUAAUAUUGGGUAAUCAAUCCAUUGUGGUACAAUUUUCAAAUAUAAUUUGAAUCAUUUUAGCUUUUUGGAGCGUGCCAAUAUUUUUACUGCCGUAACUAGUUUUAUUUCUAUAAUUGUCAAAAAUGUGAUAGGUACUAAGUCCAUCACAAGUUGUAAUUAUAGUUGUUUAUAACUAUUAAAAAUUAUAAAUUUA